AUGGAUCGAGAAAGCGCUUGUUUUUCCUGCUUGAUCAAACUUAUCGAUUUGGAUCACCACCAGCGGCCUGGAAAAUUAGGUGGUGAUAUCAAAUGCUUCACGUCGAUCCCACACGUCCUAGAGCCUGCAUGCAAAGAAGAUGUCAUGGGUAGAACCAAUCGAUCGAGCCAUAAAAACCGAGUUUUUACCUCUACACUGUUGCCAAAGGAGAUGGAGCUUGCUCGAGCCAGUUUGAUCCUAGCAGUCCUCCUCCAAGCGUGCCUGCUUGUUUCUAGCAGGGAGCGCUCACGGGUACUGUCGUUUGCCGUGACUGCUCUCACUCCCAGCAAGGACUCAAAGGUAUACUUCGAGCUUCUCUCUUCUAGUCUCGCUGCCUCUUCUCUUUUCCUUGCAGGAGUCUAUCUCAACCUGAUCUGUGCCGAUACCAAUCGAUCCAGGAUCAUCCACACCCGGUCCAGUGGCGAGUUCGUGGCUCAUCUCAGAAACCCGAGUGCCAAAUGCAGCCUGAGCGUGAUAACGAGCUCACUUCCACGGUCUUGCGACAAUGCUGUUCCUCAAGAUGGUCGAGAGGUGGAUAUAGAUUUCGCGCAAACCAGAGGCAGCCGGCACGUCGCGGCUUUUGUCUUCCAACCGGAACAAUGUCCCAGUGCUUCUGCAUCGCCGCCUCAAGUCUCCCAUCCCAAAAAGUCCCACCACCACAAUCGCCACCACGGCCAUAAACGCUCCCACCAUCACCAGUCACGGCACAAAAGCCCGGACCACGGGCACCAUUCUGAGCAUAAAAGUUCUCGUCACCAAGACACUGCUCUUGCUCCAUCUCCAUCGGCGACCGUAACAGCUCCAGCAGCAUCCAUCGCUAAACCUGUUGUCAAGGAAGCCAGUCCUCCAGCCGAAAGCCCAGACUUGUCACCGGCAUUCUCUCCGCUGCAAAGUCUACCAUCUUCUCGAGAAUUCCCAGUCGCACCUUCGCAGUCUCUUACUCCACUGUCACAGCCACCGGAGGAACCAUCCCCAUCUGAUCUAUUUCUUCGUCCUCGGCCCGGACAAGAUGGCACUUCAAGCCCAUCACCUUCUUUGACAGAAGCUCCAGCGGUACCACCACCUCUUGUAGAAACCCCGGAAGAAACCCCACAACUUUCUCCUUCCGACUCGCAAAGCCAAGCUCCCACCGAAGCAUCUCUCCCGCAAAGUCCCGAUCAAGAAGUCCCAGUGUCACCACCAAGCUCAUCAUCUUCUCCAUCGUUGUCGCCAACUGGUGUAGAAGACACAACUCCAGCUCCUCCACCACUUGAUCGAGCAUACGAGGACACGAAUCCAUCACCAGCGCCCUCUACAAAUCCUUCUCCUCCAUCGGCAGCAACACCAAACUACGUGGUUUUGGUCCUUCCUCCAUCAGUGUCUCAAAGAUCCCAUUCCCCACCGGCACCUCCUCAAGAACAACCCGAAAUCUUCGCUCCAGAUCUCUCUCCAUCCUCCCCACCUCGAUCGUCUCAAGAACCAGACCCGGAUGUCUUGCCACCGGCAUCGCCUCAAGAACCAGACCCAAAUUUCACGAUCUCACCGCCUCCGCAGAUCCUAUCCCCAUUCCCAAUCCCAUCACCCUGGGCGUAUUCUCCAUCGCAAUGCCAGUGCCCGUGAGAAUGCCCUGGAGUGAUCGAUCGCCUAGUGGAAUACCUGGAAGAGAGCGCUUCUAUGGCGCUCCAAUGUAGCUCCUUUGAAUGAAAGA